AUUUUGGGAACAGUGUCAGUUUCUACUGCUAUCAAGUGCCUACUGCUUCAUAGGGGUCGAGCACGGAGCAAACCGAUAACCUAUUUGGACCGGUACUUUUCGGAAUCUGCGUAAAGUUCCUGUCUCUCCGCGCAUUGCGUUCAUCUUUUCCUAUUUGUUGAGAAUUUCGCCACUGCCAUUGAACAGCAUUGUAGCUCGUUCCAAGAUGGCCGCUUGGGUUGCAUUCAUUUUUUUCUGAUACACUUGUAACUUUCAUUGCCCGUCACAUAUGGGAUAUAAACCAUUAGGUAUGUAUUACUGAACUUUUAGUUUUAACAUGCAAUAAUACAAGUUUAUGUUGAAAAUGUUAUAGCAUUGCAAACGCAAGACCACUGCAGACUAUCUGAUUAACCGUGAACAUCGGCAGUGGAACACACGGGCACACAAGAUUAUAUAAUGUUAUAUUAUUUCAAUGGUUAUGUUUGUGUUCUUUCUGGAGCGCGUAAUUUACAGAAUUGAAAAAUUGUCGCAGAUCUGUUCAUCGCAGCCAAUGUUAACAGAUCUGCACAGAAGCAUCGACGUUAGCAUGUAUUCUACCAAGCUGAUUUUCAAACAGUUUUCCUCAACAUGCUCAUAGGCUGUUGUUUCAUGAAAGUGGUAUCAAAUAUGAUUUUGUCGUUGUAGCAAAAUUGGCACGUUUGUUUUCAAUAUAGAUACGUUAAUUCCGUCAUUCAUCGAAAAUAAAUGGGCUUCGCAAGCCAUAGGCUAUAAUAGACCUACGUUGUAGAUAAGUUAUUAAAUUGACAGGAUUUCGCUGUUGUGACAUUUUAUGCUAUUGCCAUUAUUGCGAAUAUGCUGCUUUGUUUAGACAGUAAAUAGUUGAUAGGCUAUAGCCUAUUCAAUUUAUUUCAUUCAGUUAUGUUGAACAAAUGGCUUUCUCACACACUGAUUUGGUUUCUGUCUUGUCGCAGGAAUAGGCCUAGGCUAUGUUUUGUUAUGUUAUUCAGUCACUUGAAAAGUGUUAUGAAAAGUUUAAAGAUUGAUGGUUUAUUUCCGUGGAUCAUUUGAUGAUAAAGAUCAUUUAUGAGUUGAGAUCAUGGGAUCCUUAACAAUUCUGUUAACAUAAUUAACAACGCGAUGGGUACCAUUCAAGAUUGUUCAUAUCAAUGCAAUUUCUGUCUUUCUCUGUUGGUCAAGCAUGAGUAGGCUACUAGAGAGCAAUAACUCCACAUUUUGCGCAAUUGAUGAGUGGUCGUGGACAUUCAUUAGGCUAUUUCAAUAUAAUUUUCAAAUGUAUCAUCGUCGCAGUAUGGUUUAAUGCAAUUUAGCUAGGCCUACACAAGAUCAAGAGCUUAUGUCUCCAUCACCAAUUGGCCAAAUUUGGUCUCCAAAUUCAGAGCACCUCUCGAAUCUCAUUUGAAAUCAAGAUAAAUGCCUUGGCCUACUGGGGAGAUAUCUAUUAUUUAUUUUUAAGUGUUGCUCAUCAUCUAGUUAUGAAAUAAUCGGCUAAUUAUAUAUUUUUGGAUUUCAGAUAGGUCCUGAUCAUGUCUUUAUGAUCAUUCGGCUGUGGACAUUGGAAUAUCGGCCGACUCGAGGCUACUAUUAUUAGGUCUACCCAAAUAAACUAUGUCAUCACAAUCAAUAAUGUAGGCCUAUUAUUGUGAUGACAUUAUAGUUUGACACAAUAGGCUGAGGCAAAAACUCACAUGUAAGCCUAAAACUUAUAAAUACAAAUCUCUAAAUGUUUCACAUUUUAUUCAUUCUUUCAAUAAAGAACACCUAUUUCUCUCCACCCAUAAUAAGGUCAGUCGCGUUUCUUGUUGGUCAACUUUCAUGCAUGCAUCAAAAACAGACUAAUUUUCUGCAAUGUGAAAUUUUCUGCACUAGAUCAGUCAUGUCUAUAGGCCUAACAAUGGGAUUGACCCAUAAUAAUAUUUGCAAAUCUUUACAACUUGUAUAAAUUAAGGCAUGGAAAACAUUGCAACUUAGGAAGGACAUUAAUAUGAAAUAUGUCUAGUCGUGUGCUUCUGUUGGGCGCAUUCGAGAAAGAAAGUGAACGUUUGCGUAAUUUGGGGCUUGAUGCAUUAUUUCUCUCGUUUAUGACUACAAUUUCGUUGUUGCCAUGUUAAGCUAUACAGCCAAUAGCAUGCAUAGUUCAAUAGCACAGGACAAACAUGGCUUUAAACGUUUUCACAUCACAGUGAACUAACUAGCUAUUGUCUUGAGGCGCAUGAUAAUGGACACAUUCGGAGAUUACGUGCGUAAUGCGAGCUCCCCGUUUCUUGACAGGUGUAUGACGGGUCAGGGAUUUGUCCAACUAAAUGUUUAAAUAUUUUUGGAAUUAACUUAUUUUAGAGACAUUGGGUGCGGUUUAGUUAACACACAUAGCUGAGUAGAAAGAGACAUGCGAUUUUUGUAGGUCUGGAGUUUACACUGUCAUGUUUGCGUGAACAUGCGCCAUAAUGCCAAACAUAGUGUGAUACAUGCCUCAUAAUUCUUGCUUGGUCAUAUAGUUCAGAUAAUAAAAAAUGUCGAGUGUGCUGCAUAUUCUGUCGAGUCUACUCUGUUGCACAACCAUUCGAUAUCGCUUUAUCCACCGCAUUGAUCCUUUGACAUUUGUGAUGAAUAGGCUAGGUCUUUUAAUAAAUCAACAUGAUUGAUUAUCAGCUGCCCACGGUAGAUGCUUCUACAGCCAAGCAAGUCAUUACAAUAGCCUACAAUUCGUACAUACAUAUGUAGGCCUAUAACACAAAGUGAUUUAACAAUUAGGAUUGGUUAGUCCAACAUUUAAUUUGACAAAUAGCCUACAGUGAGUUAUUGUCUUGGAGCGCAUGAUGUGCACAUAUGGAGAUGCAUAAUGCGCGCUCCCAGUUUCUCAACAGGUGUAGGAAUGUAUCCAAUUAACUCAAUUUUCCAACAUAAAUUGUUCACUAGGCUAUUGUGUGCUCCUUUUAGAAUGACCAUCCGUAAGAGGGAUGAAAGAGCAUAUUGCAUCUUGUGUCAGGUCAAGCUUGCGGUUUUGUAGGCAUAGCCGGUACUUCACAAUCCAGUGUUUGCGUCAACACGCAGUCGCAGGAAACACUUUACUUACAAUCCUUUACAGCGUCAUAAUGACAUUGCAUAACAUUGACAUUGCACGAUCGCGUCAUAAUAUUCCUCUAAACCUGUCAAGAAACCGGGCGCGGGAUUGCACGCGUAGGCUACAUUUAUAAAAUGUGGGUUAAUAGGGGUUCUAUCAAGAACCUAUUUUUCUAAGAGUGUAGGCUACACUCCAAAUGUAGGCUGCAUAUUGUGUGCCAAUAACAGGGCAAAUAAUGGUUGUUUACUGUGUUUAAGUCAAUUAAAUAUAUUGUCACUUGGCGUUAUAGGCCUAGCAAAUUAUUUUAUGAAUUGAGCUUUGGAAAAAGUUGAUCAUCAUUCAUCGGCCCAUUCGCCCUAUAACCAAUAAAAUCGCACACAUUCCGGACUUGAAAACGUAGCCUAAGGCAUGUGCUAUCAGUUUGCACAAUUUUAACCUCGCAUCGAAAUCAACAUUUCUGUGACGUGCUUCUGGGAUAGGUAGGCUAUUCUAAAUAAAUCAAACGCUUGGCUUGAAGUGAAGAAUUCUAAAAAUCGAAAUGGAAGCUGGAAACAAAAUUCAUGGUAGCAAUUAUAAAAGGGUAAAUUUAUAUUAGGCUAGAUAACAAAUGCUAUAAUAAAUAGGCCUACCCGAUUAAUAUUGUAUAAAUUUUUCUUGGUUUAACCAAUUUAAAGUCAUCAAAAGAAUGUCCAGAUUAGUUUUUCGCAGGGUAGACAUUAAAACAGUAACGAAAAUGCUUUACAUUCUCAAGGCCCAUCAUCACCCGUUUGUGCUCUGAACAGAUUGCGAAACUAGGUUAUAUCCAUUAAUUAUUUAUUUAUCCUUUCCUAUAGGAUUUUACCAUCUUAGGACAAUGCACAGAACAACAAAAAUCAAGAUUACCGAGCUGAAUCCACACUUGAUGUGUGUCUUGUGCGGGGGAUAUUUUAUCGACGCAACCACCAUCGUGGAGUGUUUACACUCAUGUAAGUUGUCGUCAGUUGCAUUUCAUUCAAAAUACCACACCAUGCAAGUUGCCGUCUAUGCCCAUAGUUUUGAAGGAUUCGUUUGGCUUAAAGUAUGCAGUGUUGUGAAAUUGUUUUGAUUCUUUUGUCUUUUCAGUCUGUAAAAUGUGCAUUGUUUGUUAUCUGGAGACCAGCAAAUACUGUCCAAUUUGUGAUGUCCAGGUUCACAAAACAAAACCCCUUUUGAAUAUUAGGUGAGUAGCCUAUAUAUAUCGUUUUGUAAAGGCAAGAAAUUAAAGUUCUAUAAUAUUUUUAAACUCAAAUAUGAAUGUGGAGACUUCGGGCUCAAUACAUUGAAACCACAUUACAAUAUUGACAUCUCUUUUCCAAGUAAACCCUAGCUCAGAAAUUAAUCAUACAAUUUGCUGAAAAUAUUAUAUUUCAGGUCUGACAAGACCCUUCAAGACAUUGUUUACAGGUUGGUACCAGGGCUUUUCAAAGGUCAGUACAUUUUCCCGUUCAUCCCCUCAAGUUGGUUUGUAACAUGUCAAGUCCAUCGUAAUACUUUUUUUUUAAAAUAUUAUUUUGCUUGCAGAUGAAAUGAAACGAAGGAGGGAUUUCUAUGCUGCACAUCCUUCUCUUGAUGGUAAACCAGUUGAAUCAAUGGCGAAGCACCUCAAGCAUAUCAUUGCUACUUCAAUGUUCAUGUUUCUUUAUCAUUAGAAAGAGGCGAAUUGGCACACUUGAAUACUUGGCUGGUUUUAAUUGUUAGUUUCUUAUUUUGUAGCUGGAAAUGGAUCAAAUGAAGAGCGAGGGGAGGUGGCAGACGGAGAAAAUAGAAUAAUAGCAGAUGAUGAGAUUAUCAGCCUGUCCAUCGAAUUUUUUCAUCAGAGCAAGUAAGACCGCUUUCAAACCGCAAAAACAAUUAUGCUUAAAAAAUUGCAGCCAACCCCCAUGCUUGUCAAUUAUUUCGGUGCUCUUUUUCCAAUUGUAUAUUUUGCUUUUCUCUUAGGCUGGUAAAGGAGGACGGUGAAGUCAAGGACAUGAAGACAGAGGUGAUUGUUUUAACCCUAAGAAAAUCGUAUUGGUGUCUUUAAAAUGUAUGCACUCACUAACUGUAAGUCGCUCUGGAUAAGAUUGUCUGCUAAAUGACAAUAAUGUAAAUGUUUAUAUACAGGGUAAAUCCAUAUGACUGUAAACUAAUGCAGUGUUUAUCAUGUCUCAACUCAACGUAUCUUUUUUUGUCUAUUUGUUUGAAGAUGAUUGACAAGCGGUACUUGCAGUGUCCAGCAGCCAUGACCAUAAUGCAUCUGAGGAAAUUCCUCCGAAGUAAAAUGGAUAUUCCAUGCACCUAUCAGGUGACUAUGGAUAUUUAAUCACUGAUUAUUAAUGUUAUUAUUUGAAAUUCAGUUAACAAUGAAUCUAUCCGAAAUGUUGUGCAUUUGUAUAGACAUUGUUGAAUUAAAAAAUAAAUAUAAAUACACUAUACAACUGAUUAAUUAUGGUUAGAUUAUUAUUUUUAGUUUUAGGGGGUAGAUCAGCUUAAUACUGCAGAUAGAUUGUAACUUCCAUCAAUGUAAUUGUCUGCAUCACUUCCAAUCCCCCAUGUUUAUAUAUGUUUAUUAUACAUCAUUCAUACAUAAUACAUAUACAUUACAUACACCAUACUGCUACGAGAAAAAGUAUUUGAUCCCGCUGAUUUGUACGUUUGCCACUGACAAAGAAUGAUCCUAUAAUUUUAUGGUAUAAUUAUUUGAACGUGAGAGACGAAUUAACAACAAAAUCCAAAAAUUCAAAUUGUAUAAUAUUAAUUUGCAUUUUAUUGAGUGAAAUAAGUAUUUGACAUCUCAAUCAGAACUUUUGUCCCAGUGUCUGUUCUAUACCACUCCUCCAUACAGACCUUCUCCAGAUACUUCAGGUUUCGGGGCUGUCGCUGGGCAAUAUGGACUUUCAGCUCCCUCCAAAGAUUUUCUAUUGGGUUCAGGUCUGGAGACUGGCUAGGCCACUUCAGGACCUUGAGAUGCUUCUUACGGAGCCACUCCUUAGUUGCCCUGGCUGUGUGUUUCGGGUUGUUGUCAUGCUGGAAGACCCAGCCAUGACCCAUCUUCAAUGCUCUUACUGAGGGAAGGAGGUUGUUGGCCAAGAUCUCGCGAUACAUGGCCCCAUUCAUCCUCCCCUCAAUACGGUACAGUCGUCCUGUCCCCUUUGCAGAAAAGCAUCCCCAAAGAAUGAUGUUUCCACCUCCAUGAUUCACGGUUGGGAUGGUGUUCUUGGGGUUGUACUCAUCCUUCUUCUUCCUCCAAACACGGCGUGUGGAGUUUAGACCAAAAAGCUAUAUUUUUGUCUCAUCAGACCACAUUACCUUCUCCCAUUCCUCCUCUGGAUCAUCCAGAUGGUCAUUGGCAAACUUCAGAUGGGCCUGGACAUGCGCUGGCUUGAGCAGGGGGACCUUGCGUGCGCUGAAGGAUUUUAAUCCGUGACCGCGUAGUGUGUUACUAAUGGUUUUCUUUGAGACUGUGGUCCCAGCUCUCUUCAGGUCAUUGACCAGGUCCUGCCGUGUAGUUCUGGCCUGAUCCCUCAACUUCCUCAUGAUCAUUGAUGCCCCACGAGGUGAGAUCUUGCAUGGAGCCCCAGACCGAGGGUGAUUGACCGUCAUCUUGAACUUCUUCCAUUUUCUAAUAAUUGCGCCAACAGUUGUUGCCUUCUCACCAAGCUGCUUGCUUGUUGUCCUGUAGCCCAUCCCAGCCUUGUGCAGGUCUACAAUUGUAUCCCUGAUGUCCUUACACAGCUCUCUGGUCUUGGCCAUUGUGGAGAGGUUGGAGUCUGUUUGAUUGAGUGUGUGGACAGGUGUCUUUUAUACAGGUAACGAGUUCAAACAGGUGCAGUUAAUAGAGGUAAUGAGUGGAGAACAGGAGGGCUUCUUAAAGAAAAACUAACAGGUCUGUGAGAGACGGAAUUCUUACUGGUUGGUAGGUGAUCAAAUACUUAUGUCAUGCAAUAAAAUGCACAAUAAUUACUUAAAAAUCAUACAAUGUGAUUUUCUGGAUUUUUGUUUUAGAUUCCGUCUCUCACAGUUGAAGUGUACCUAUGAUACAAAUGACAGACCUCUACAUGCUUUGUAAGUAGGAAAACCUGGAAAAUCGGCAGUGUAUCAAAUACUUGUUCUCCCCACUGUAUGUAUACAUACAUACAUACAUACAUACAUACAUACAUACAUACAUACAUACAUACAUACAUACAUACAUACAUACAUACAUACAUACAGUGAGGGAAAAAAGUAUUUGAUCCCCUGCUGAUUUUGUACGUUUGCCCACUGACAAAGAAAUGAUCAGUCUAUAAUUUUAAUGGUAGAUGUAUUUGAACAGUGAGAGACAGAAUAACAACAAAAAAAUCCAGAAAUACGCAUGUCAAAAAUUUUAUAAAUUGAUUUGCAUUUUAAUGAGGGAAAUAAGUAUUUGACCCCCUCUCAAUCAGAAAGAUUUCUGGCUCCCAGUUGUCUUUUAUACAGGUAACGAGCUGAGAUUAGGAGCACACUCUUAAAGGGAGUGCUCCUAAUCUCAGUUUGUUACCUGUAUAAAAGACACCUGUCCACAGAAGCAAUCAAUCAAUCAAUCAGAUUCCAAACUCUCCACCAUGGCCAAGACAAAGAGCUCUCCAAGGAUGUCAGGGACAAGAUUGUAGACCUACACAAGGCUGGAAUGGGCUACAAGACCAUCGCCAAGCAGCUUGGUGAGAAGGUGACAACAGUUGGUGCGAUUAUUCGCAAAUGGAAGAAACACAAAAGAACUGUCAAUCUCCCUCGGCCUGGGGCUCCAUGCAAGAUCUCACCUCGUGGAGUUGCAAUGAUCAUGAGAACGGUGAGGAAUCAGCCCAGAACUACACGGGAGGCUCUUGUCAAUAAUCUCAAGGCAGCUGGGACCAUAGUCACCAAGAAAACAAUUGGUAACACACUACGCCGUGAAGGACUGAAAUCCUGCAGCGCCCGCAAGGUCCCCCUGCUCAAGAAAGCACAUAUACAGGCCCGUCUGGUUUGCCAAUGAACAUCUCAGUGAUUCAGAGGAGAACUGAUUGAAAGUGUUGUGGUCAGAUGAGACCAAAAUGGAGCUCUUUGGCAUCAACUCAACUCGCCGUGUUUGGAGGAGGAGGAAUGCUGCCUAUGACCCCAAGAACACCAUCCCCACCGUCAAACAUGGAGGUGGAAACAUUAUGCUUUGGGGGUGUUUUUCUGCUAAUGGGACAGGACAACUUCACUGAAUCAAAGGAACGAUGGACGGGGCCAUGUACCGUCAAAUCUUGGGUGGGAACCUCCUUCCCUCAGCCAGGGUACUAAGUCAUGUUUUGCAGAGGGGUCAAAUACUUAUUUCCCUCAUUAAAAUGCAAAUCAAUUUAUAAAAAUUUUAGAUUCGAUUUUAACUAGAGUUUCACACUGUUUUUUUAUUAAUUAUUAUUCACACCUAAUCUUUUCUCUCAAAAUGUGUUCACAGGUAGAAGUUAUGUAUGAAGAUGAACCAUUGAAGGAUUACUACACAUUAAUGGACAUUGCACACAUCUACACCUGGAGAAGGGUAAGCAUUUACCCUUGCACUUCAACACAUGUCAUUUAGUUUUUUCUAAUAAGACCUGGAAAUGAUAUGCUGUGCUGUUUUCCUUAUUUAUAAGUAUAAGGUGGCUCAUCUGAGAAUAUGGCUAUAAGUCACAGAAAAGUCACCUGUACACAUUAACUAAUCUUCACGUGUUUUAGAAUGGUCCCUUGCCACUGAAAUACCGGGUACGAACAGGCUGCAGGAAGACGAAGAUGAGCAACCCAAGAAACGGGACCAAAACCACACAACAUGGUGGAGGAGAAUGCUCAGACUCUGGGACUGGGGGUGACAAGCAUCCGAACAAUGACCCCGAAGUUCCCUCUACCUCAUCCUCCUCUCUGCCCAGUCCGAGCCCCAGCAUUGUCCAGUCAUCAUCACCGCUUACCCACUUCCCCCACCUCUCCAGCACUAACACCUCAACAAACGGUAUCUUAACAAAAGCAGGUCCAAAUGGACUUUCCCGGACCUUCACGCCAACAUAGACUGUAGAUUAUUUUAUUAUUGUUUCAAACAUUUGCCAUUUUUAUAUAAUCCUAUGUGGACAAUAUAUUUGUUCAUUUGUAUAAGAAAGACUGUGGAAAGACUUAUUGAAUUUGCUCAAUGGCAUCUGCAGAUCGGAUUUGAAAUGGCUAGCCCAGUAAUGUGCCAUGUGGUUUGGAAUGUGAAGAAAUAUCACACAUUAAUUUCAAACUUGGACAUUCCAAUUAUUCCCAUAACUGAAUUGCCAAAUACUGUAGUUGAUUGAAAUGGAAAUGUGGUGUUGGCUUCGUCAACUUCAUUUGUCAAAACAACACAGAAAAGUGAAAAGUUGACUAUUGUCCUCUGCAUACAUGUAAUGUUGAAUUUAAUAAACACAACCUGAUUGUGUUUUGGCUUUAAGGGUGAAGUCUGCAAUAG